GUGAGUAACAGACCGAGGAUCGAUUGCAAGAUAUUUCAACUUGUAGCAGACUCUGUUGGACUUUUCUUUGGUAAAAGACUUGGCAUAUAGCCACAUGGGAAAAGGGACCUGAAGAGCUUGACCAGCGUUUGUUGGACUUCACUGUUACAGCAAUCCAGAGGAAACCAGCUUUUUUGCUGUUGGAACAGCAAAAUACUAUCAAGUCACAGAGACUGAUUUGCUGGUUGAUGGAGUUUGUGCGCAGGAGCGGUGACUACUGCCACGCCCAACACAUUUAGACUCACCCCCAUCUGGCACCAUGCUCUAUCCUGCUGUUCUGGGGCCCUGAACUCUGGAUCACCUUUGCCUGUAGUCCUCUGACCCAGCCAGCUCAUGGGGUAACCAGUGGAGUUUGGCCACUGGACGCUAACUGGAGAAAGAAGGAAAGAGAGAGAGAGAGCGUGAGAGAGAGAGAGAAACAGAGAGAGAGACGUGGAAAGCAGUAGCACAGUGGAGCCUGCCAGACUGAAGCUGAAAGGCAACUGAUGGGGUAAAACAAUACUCAAGACAACAGGACCCAAGCACGUGGACAACAUAAACAGUCAUAAACAGAUUUCUGACAGUUCGAGGUCAGUCGGGAAGGCCGGCAUCACCUGGGAGCACUGAUAUCACUGACUGGGUGUUGAAGAAAACAGCUGACUGCUAGUCGUGAACAUCUAAAGGUCAGAGGUCAUCCCACGCGCACAAGCGUCGUGAUGGCCAACAUGAACCGUCCGGCCCCGGUGGAACUCUGCCAUAAGAACAUGAGAUUCCUCAUCACACACAACCCCACAAACAACACACUCAAUUCCUUCAUAGAGGACCUGAAGCAGUAUGGAGCCACCACAGUGGUUCGAGUCUGUGAUGUCACAUAUGACAAAGCGCCACUAGAGAAAGACGGCAUUACCGUGGUGGAUUGGCCAUUUGACGAUGGUGCCCCACCCCCCAGUAAACUGGUUGAUGAUUGGCUGAGCCUGCUGAAGAAAAAGUUUCAGGAGGAUCCGGGAUGCUGUGUGGCUGUGCACUGUGUGGCUGGACUGGGGAGGGCACCUGUGCUGGUGGCUCUGGCUCUGAUAGAGAGUGGGAUGAAGUAUGAGGAUGCCAUUCAGCUCAUCAGACAGAAGCGCAGAGGGGCCAUCAACAGUAAACAGCUGACCUACUUGGAGAAAUAUCGCUCCAAACAGAGACUCCGCUUCAAAAACUGUCACGCACACAAGAACAAGUGUUGCUCCAUGUGAACACACACACACGCAUGCACACACACAUAUACACACACACACACACACACACACACACACACACACAUGAAACAUGUCAACACAGGUUCUCAGGAAUACAGCCAUAAUAGCCUUGAGUCAUUUUUUGUUUAUCAUCCACACACAAACCUUAAUACUUGUUUUUAUCUUCCUCUAUAAAAGGGUAUUUGGUUUCGAUUUGAAAUAGCUGUGUGAGGAAACUUAGGUGAUAUUUUCCCCGGCAACCCUGAUUUCUACCCUUGUUUCUAAUGAUUUCAUGUCUUUUUCCUUGUUGGGCACAUUUUCUUUGACUUAAGAGUUUACAGUGGAGAGACAGGAAGGACGGGAGCGAGCAACAAUAACACCAAAAUGUGCUCAAAUACUUUUUAAAGUUUUUUGUUUUUGUUUUUUUGAGGUAUGUCAACUUUAUUUCAGUAACUAGCUCACAGUAGCGAGAAAUAGGAAUGAUGGAAGAGGAGGAUUUGGACACCUAAACAGAUGUUAUAUACACCGAUCAGCCAAAACAUUAAAACCACUGACAGGCAAGUGAAUAACAUUAUCUCAUUUACAAAGGCACCUGUCAAGGGGUGGGAUAUAUUAGGCAGGAAGUGAACAGUUCUUAAAGUUGAUGUUUUGGAAGCAGGAAAAAUGGGCAAGCGUAAAGAUGUGAUCGACUCUAACAAGGGCCAAAUUGUGAUGGCUAGAUGACUGGGUCAGAGCAUCUCCAAAACGACAGGUCUUGUGGGGUGUUCCCAGUAUGCAGUGGUCAGUACCUACUAAAAGUGAUCCAAGGAAGGACAACUGGUGAACCGGCGACAGGGUCAUGGGUGCUCAAAGUUAAUUGAUACAUGUGGGGAGCAAAAGGCUGGCCCAUCUGGUCCGAUCCCACAGAAGAGCUUCUGUAGCUCAGAUUGUGGAAAAACUUAACGCUGGCCAUGACAGACAGGUGUCAGAACACACAGUGCAUCACAGCUUGCUGCGUAUGGGACUGCAUGGCCACAGACCGGUCAGAGUUUCCAUGAUGACCCCUGUCCACUGCCAAAAGCACCUACAAUGGGCACGUAUGCAUCAGAACUGGACCAUGGAGCAAUGGAAGAAGUUGGUCUGAUGAAUCACGUUUUCUUUUACAUCAUGUGGACGGCCGGGUGCAUGUGCGUUGUUUACAUGGGGAAGAGAUGGCACCAGAAUGCACUAUGGGAAGAAGGCAAGCCGGUGGAAGCAGUGUGAUGCUCUGGGCAAUGUUCUUGCUGGGAAACCUUGGGUCCUGCCAUUCACGUGGAUGUUACUUUUGCACGUACCACCUACCUAAACACCAUUGCAGACCAGGUACAUCCCUUCAUGGCAACAAUGUUACCUUAUGACAAUGGCCUCAGGUGGUUUUAAUGUUUUGGCUGAUCGGUGUAUAUCAGCUCUUAAACUCUCAUCAAUUGUUUGUCUGACGUUUUAAAUCAUGAGAUGCAAUAGGCCUGUUCCCACUGGCCCACUAGCUUGUGAAAAGACUGCAUUUAUGGUUAUCUGAGUCUAGCUAACUUGGCGUCUUGCGCUUUAGUAUAGCCAAUAGCCAUGUACCAACUCCAUCCAUUCGGAAAUUGGAACACAAUUUCCUUAAACUUCACUGAGAAAACAUGGCACACGUUUAUUCUGAGGUUAUCAGCAUCUUGUGUAGUGAUUUUUUUUUUGGAGGUCUACCAGAGUUACCAUGUUGUAAACAACAGCGAAAUGUAAAUAAUAGCAUGGGAGUGUUUUUUUUCCUUCUUAUUUAUUUUUAAAUUUUAUUUCCAUUCAAAACACAUUGGCUGAAGAUGAA